AAUGCCGGGAAGGCCAAGUCCGCCAUUUUGUUCAGCAAGAAUCACUCCACCUAGCGACUUUUUCUUCUAAAAUACCGGUCUUUCCUGUCAUCGACGAGUAUUGUAUCAUGUAAUCUCAAUAGCCAAUACAUAUAGUUAGUCUCUGGCAAAACAACGUAGGUUUUUACAAUGAAGAAGCUUUUCUUUUCGUCGAGUACUUCGAAUGAUUUACAGAACAGUUUCGUUGGUAAGAGUUAUCGUGUCGGGAGAUACAGUUGCACAGUAGAAGAUGUUAUAGCCGAAGGUGGGUUUGCAGUUGUAUUGCUGGUUAAGGCUGCCAAUGGUAGACGAUACGCUCUGAAAAGGAUUUCAGUGAAUAAUAAACAUGAUUUAGAUAUUUGCAAACAAGAGAUUGGUAUAAUGAAACUUGUUGCUGGGCACAAAAAUACUAUAACUUUUGUCGACUCAUCAAUAACGCAAAUCAGCAAUGAAAUAUUUGAGGUUCUUAUUCUCAUGGAAUACUGCAAAGAUGGUCAUGUUGUACAGCUUAUGAAUGAACACAUUAAUGAUGGAUUCAGUGAAUCAUUGAUCCUCAAGAUUUUUACAGACACAUGUGAAGCAGUGGCACACCUCCACCAGGCCAACCCUCCUGUCAUUCACAGAGAUUUAAAGGUCGAAAAUAUAUUGCGUAGUGAUAGAGGGGAGUUUGUGUUGUGUGAUUUUGGUAGUGCAACAAGGAAAGAAACCAAUCCUCAGGCUGAAGGACCCACAAUAGUAGAAGAAGAAAUCCAAAAGUAUACAACAUUAUCAUAUAGAGCACCAGAGAUGGUUGACUUGUAUAGUGGAAAGACCAUAUCUACCAAGUCAGACAUAUGGGCCCUUGGUUGUCUGUUAUAUAAAUUAUGUUUUUUUACUCUUCCUUUUGGUGAAAGUACUCUAGCAAUACAGAGUGCACAGUUCUCAUUCCCUGAAAAAUCUCGCUAUUCUAAGGAGCUUCACAGUUUGAUAAGUUACCUAUUGACCCCAGACCCAGAUACUAGACCAGAUAUAUACCAAACAGCACACAUUGCAUUUAAAUUACGUGGAUUAGAGUCUCCUAUUGACAAUGUUAAUAAAGCGACUAUACCUACAGCGUUACCAGAAGUAAAAGAGAAACAAGAAUUAUCCAACAGAGCUCCCAAGACCAGGGUUAUGGAGGGUCCCGUUACUACCUCGUUGACAGCUCGUCAGCGACCACGUGCUGCCGGCCAAGCCAACGCCCCUACUCCAGCCGCUCAACAACAGGGACUUUCCCAUCUCAGCCACAUAGCCAGUCCAAGGCAAAGCAGAAAAGAGUUUGCAAUGGCACAGGGUAAGACAGUUCUUGCACCACAUGACACUGUGAAUAAUAGUAUUAUUCACAUGGCAAGCCCAAGACAGAAUCGAAGGAAUAACGAGCUCAAUAUUGUGAGUGAGAAUCCGACACAAAUGAAUCCUGCUUACUAUGGACAAGGGCAAGGGUUUCCGGUGACGCAUGGGUAUACUCACCAACAGCUCGUGCAGCAGAAACAACAAGAACAACAAUAUUAUCAGCAACAGCUGCUGCAACAACAACAACGACAACAGCAGAUACAACACCAACAGCAAUUACAACAACAGCAGAAAGAACAACAGUUAAAGCAACAACAGCUUCAAUUAAUACAUCAGCAACAACUCCAACGACAACAGCAAUUACAACAGCAGCAGCAGCUUCAACAGCAGCAGCAACAGUUACGACAACAAAGACAACAGCAGUUGCUACAACAACAGGAAGCACAACGCCAACAACAGAUUGUGCAACAGCAGUACCAACAACAGCAGCACCAACAACAACAACCACACCUGCAGUAUGGUUCACAGGUACCAAACGACGACCAACAAAAUCCUUUUCUACGCUUUUCUUCCGGUGCAAAUACCUUUGACUCAGGGUUACCCCCACAGACACAAUUUUCGGCACCUGAUCCCCAAGCUUCUAAGAGCGCCCAACACUUGAGACCCUGGCAGCCAACGCACAUGCGGUCACGAUCGGAUCCCAGGGCCGCCAUGGGUCUGGACGUAAGAGAAGCUGUUACAAAUGACUUUAAAUCUCCUUACCACCGAUCGCCUAGUGACCCAGAGCUGUCGUCCUUCCAACAAACACAGCCCUCAAUGGCUGAACUAAUAGAUAUAGAUAGCACUACUACAGACACUGAUAAGGAAAACUGGAACCCCUUUAGCCCUUUUUAUGUUGGUAACGAUACUGAUUUUGCGGUCAAACCUGAURAAUGUGAUGAUAUGGAUUUUGCAUCGUUGAGGGAGAAUCUUCCUUCUAAGGACAUGAGCAGUCAAUCGCAGAGCGGGAUGGUGUUACCUCUUGAUAACCUUGGAUCAGCUCAGAAGGCGACAGGCGUGCCGGUCAAAAAAGAUAUUGAUGAAUCACCGUUAUUAUCCCCAGGGGAGUUCCCUAAGGACUUUGCUACCAAUCCUUUCUUGUAUAACAUACCCAGUAGACACGAGGAAACCAACACUUCAGAUUCCAGUGGAACUGCGAGCCCAGAGCACAUGCAGUACAGGAAUCUAUCCCCACCCCUAUCCCCUGGGGCGUCGGACCCAUUUGGUGCUGUCCCGUUUAGCGUCCCGCAACCGAAGAAGCAAGAUCCACCAACUUCACCCGACGUUUUCGGCGCUGCACCUUUUGAAGUCCCUUCGUUGAAGAAAGAACCCCAAUUAGAAAACCAGACUGACGGCAUAGGAUUUGGUUCUUCUAGAGAUGGGUUCGCUCAACAAGGAUCUGAUCCUGGCCGUGUUUCUCCACAAAAUCCUUUCGAGGUGGACGCUUUCGGGAAAUCUCCUUUCCUGCCCAAAGCUGAACGCGCUGCGCUUAAUAGUGACAGUAAAGAAGACGAGUUGAUUCCCAGCGGUGCGGCAUUUGUUAACCCAGCUCUCGAUUUAGUAGACGCACCUCAUGACCCCUUUGGAUCUGCGCCCUUCAAUAGUAACACUAAUUCUGCAUCCCAGAAUACUAAACGGGAAAACAAAAUGGAUCCACGACCGCCUCAGAGCCCAAGGGCCGAUAAAUCAGGCGGUAGACCGAGGCGGCGAUUACCUCAAACACCUACCAAGGCUAGUUCCGGGCAAGAAUCGUCUGAUGGGAACCCUCUUGCAAGAAGAGAAAAGAAAAGCUGAACAGAAAAUUGUAUUAUCUCGGCCAGCAAACACAUAGGUCACUAAAGUACUUGAAUCGCCCAGUUUUCAAUUGAACUUAUCCCGUGCUUUAUGGUUACCCUAUAAGCCAUUCAGAGGCAGAGUGAAAACACUGAGUUGAGUUAGCAUUGCAGGUUAUUGUGGGACUGUAUUAGGGGGAGGAAAUAGACACCAUCAUGGAAAUAUGUCCAAAAUAGUCCCACAAUGCACUACAAUGCCAACUCGGCCCAGUCUUUUACUCAACGUGCAUAGGUCAAAAGCAAUAGGUUAAAUCGUGAAGCAAAACCGUGCUUCGAAUAUAAUCCAUUAAUCGAGUACUAAGUCGGUUCUCCCAUAGACCUUUUCUGAGUUUACAUAAUAAACAGGAUGAAUUAUGGUUUAGCUUGGGUACUAACAAUAUACCAUAUAAGGCAUGAUGAACAAAGGAUAUUUGUACCCAAGCUAGACCACAAUGCACUUCGCUUGCUGCAGACGUAAACGAUGCACAAUCUGAUGACAGUUAAGGGUGUCCUGCUGGCGGGAACAAGCAAACUGAUAACAAAACUAUUUUAGAUUCACUCGAUACCCUACUUGGAAACUUUUUUUGAUUCACUCGAUACCCUACUUGAAUGCAUACUAUAUAUAUCCGUGAAAAGCUUUGUAAGAAAUUUCACAAGUUUGUACAAAUUAGUAAGUUUAGUAGACCAUUAAACCUACAAAACUUCGCACUAAUUUUUACAAUUUUUUUAGUUACCUUUUUCACGGAUAUAUGGUAUAAGCUAGAAGAGACUAUUUUAUACUUUUUCAAAGGGUUUAAAUGAGAAUCUGUUGGGUUUGUAGCUUUACCUGAUCGAUGAAGAAGUAAAUAGACCGCGUUUCUAGUUUGUUUAUGAUGGUUCCACAUUUCAGACCACGUGUCAUAAGAAUAAGAUUUUUUUUUGCGCUGCCGUUAAAUUUAUGAAACUGUACAGAAUGACACGUGGUCUGAAAUGGGAAAUUACUACGCCCAAGGUAAAGAGAUAAUCAGGUCAUAAGUUCUUAGAAACGAAGCACCCACUUGUAAUGCAGUUCAUAUCCCCAGGCCCUCUUUAUCAGCAACCACAGGACCCCCAUGACAGAUCAAGAAGCAUGACGUUAGUAGGUUUGACUAGGUACGCAGUGUCUCCCGGAGUCUUUAAGCGAAAUGGUUUCAAUUUUAAGCUUUAGUUUAAAUUCCCCGCAUGAAUAAUUGUUGAGUCGAUAUCAAUCGCUCCACGUCGUAUUUUUUAUCAUUUUAUAAAGUUCCAUUUCAUAGUGUAAAAUUUGUCCGAGUCAAGUUGUGAAUUACCCAUAAUGCAGUGCGUCUUAAGCUUUGUAUUGAUUGGACCAGUUGAUGUAGCAUAGACGGGACGAGGGUUGUGUUUCCUGGCCACGUGAUGUAAAAUGCUUGCGGAAAUCACGUGACCUUUCGGCGGCUUUGAAAAUAUCGUAUGUUAAGUUUCCCCACACUAAACCGGCUCAAAUUGUUUUAUAAUCAUUAAUAUUAUUUGAUAUUACAAUGAUAAGUAUUUGAAAUUAAUUCUAUUGGUCAAUUAUUGCUAUUGACAUUUGUACCACAAUUCCUUGCGAGACUAAUUAUAAAUGAGUGUCGCAAGGGAUUGUGGUAAUUAUAAAAUGAAGAUGAUUACAUUCUUGAUAUGGUUGAUCUUAAUAAAAUAAUCUGCUGCA